GUCGGUUCUUCUGUUCGGCUCCAGUCGGUUCUUCUGCUGCAGUCAAGAUGCUUUCUGCUCGCUCGGCUCUGUCCGUCAGGAACGAGAACUCCCUGUGCAGUCAAAUCGACAACAUGGCGCUGGACAAAGAGAACACGCCUCCGAGUCUGAACAAGUCCCGCGUCCUGGCGGCGAAAACCGCGCGAAAAAUCUUCGCUGAUGCGCCCGGAGUCGUGAAGAAGAGCGGCAGCGGCGAGGAGGAGGAGCCUCUGCUAAAGGAAAACCCUCGACGUUUCGUCAUCUUCCCCAUCCAGUACCACGACAUCUGGCAAAUGUACAAGAAGGCUGAGGCCUCGUUCUGGACCGCAGAGGAGGUGGACCUGUCGAAGGACCUGCAGCACUGGGAGACUCUGAAGGACGAGGAGCGGUACUUCAUCUCUCACGUGUUGGCCUUCUUCGCCGCCAGCGACGGGAUUGUCAACGAGAACCUGGUGGAGCGCUUCACGCAGGAGGUGCAGGUGACGGAGGCCCGGUGUUUCUAUGGUUUCCAGAUCGCCAUGGAGAACAUCCACUCUGAGAUGUACAGUCUCCUCAUCAACACCUACAUCAAGGAGUCCACAGAGAGGGAAUACCUGUUCAAUGCCAUCGAGACUCUACCGUGUGUGAAGAAGAAGGCCGACUGGGCGAUCAACUGGAUCGGCAACAAGAACGCCGCCUUCGGAGAGCGUGUGGUGGCCUUCGCCGCCGUGGAGGGAAUCUUCUUCUCCGGGUCGUUUGCCGCGAUCUUCUGGCUGAAGAAGAGAGGCCUGAUGCCCGGCCUGACCUUCUCCAACGAGCUCAUCAGCAGAGACGAGGGUCUGCACUGUGACUUCGCCUGUCUUAUGUUCAAACACCUGCUGAACAAACCGUCCAGAGAAACUGUCACCAAGAUCAUCAAGAACGCCGUGGCCAUCGAGCAGGAGUUCCUGACCGAGGCUCUGCCCGUGAAGCUGAUAGGGAUGAACUGUGACAUGAUGAAGACGUACAUCGAGUUCGUCGCCGACAGACUGAUGGUGGAGCUCGGCUUCGCCAAGAUCUUCCGGGUGGAGAACCCCUUCGACUUCAUGGAAAACAUUUCUCUGGAGGGAAAGACCAACUUCUUUGAGAAGCGAGUGGGCGAGUACCAGAGGAUGGGCGUGAUGUCUGGGACCACGGACAACACCUUCAGGCUGGACGCCGACUUCUGAGGACGGAGGCGGACCGGACCCCACAGGGGGGGAACACAUGGACAUUGUAUAGGAUGUAAAUUUUAAUGUCUCGGGUUCACAGAUCAGCCGAUCACAAUGGUCAAUGAUUUUUUUAAAAUCCUUUCACUAAUGACAGAUUGAAGCUGCUUUUAUAUUUUAUUGCUUUAUUAGUCUUUUAAAUUGUUUUUUUUAUUUUACUUUAGCAAAUUGUACAGUUGAGUGUUUUUGUAUUAAAAAAGAAUUUACUUCUUACAAAA